AAGCUUCUUUUACUUAAGAUGGUUCCACUCCUCUUUAAACAUAGAGGAAAAAUACAAUCAGAACGAACUCUUAACAUGUUUCCUUUGCUAAUAACAAAGUAAUAAUUAAAGCAAGCACUGCAAAAACAAAAACCAAAGCAAUAAUCCUUUUACUCUAAAAACGGUUCAGAAAAAAGCCUCAAAGCAUAUUUCAAAAUAUUGUGGUAACAAUUUUCAGCAUAUACUAAUCUGACAAAGGCUCAUGUUUUUAGUUGUUGUUCUUUGCCCACUAAGAUAAGCAAAAUUUAUCUCAGCCAAAGAGGGAAGUCAAUGGUGAUUUAAAAAGAAAAAACCAAAAACUCUCAAAAAUAGUGUCAUUUGCAAGUAGGGAAAAGAGAAUCAGGCCUGGCGCAGUGGCUCACGCCUGUAAUCCCAGCACUUUGGGAGGCCGAGGCGGGCGGAUCGCUUGAGCUCAGAAGUUCAGGACCAGCCUGGGCAGCAUGGCGAAACUCCGUCUCUACAAAAAUUAGCGGGGUGCGUUGGUGUGCACCUCUGUCCCAGCUCUUCCGGAGGCUGACGCCGGAGAAUCGCUUGAGCUUGGGAGGCGGUGGUUGCAGUGAGUCGAGAUCGCGCCAUUGCAUUCCAGCCUGCCUAGGCUGUGGGAGUGAAACCCUGUCUCAAAACAAAAAAAAAAAAAUUGGACCUUUUCUUUUAUAGGUCUGGGUGAACGUAGUUCUGUCUCCUACCAGAAUAGCCAGACAUCUGGGAGCCAGGCCUCCCUGACCCAGGCACAAAUACCCGCAUACUUCUAAAACAAUAGCUAAGAGUCAAUCACACCCAGGCAUUUCAAAUAUUAUCAACAAGUUGUAUUGGUUAGCUUUACACUAAGGCCUGAGGCUUCAACAUCUGUAGGGCAUAGUCUGGUAGCCAAAGCUUCCCCAAAUGGCAAUUGUUUGGGAUUACCCUGGGGACUCCUACUUACACAUACCUCUAGAAAUGUAAAUACAAGUCAUAUAAUUUCAUUCAUCACUGGCUAUGGGUAGAACCCAACUACCCAAAAUUCCUGCUCUAUUAAAUCUAAUUCAUUAAGUUUCAUUAAAAUGGUAAAUGAUGUGUAAUAGUAAAGAUUUUGGCUAAUUAAAUAUUAUACAAAUGAAACGACAGAUUCUUAUAUGGCAGAAAAGCCUUUUUUAAAAAAUCAGAGUCAAAUAUAUCUAUAUCAACAAGCAUUCUUUGAAGUAUUUUUUGAUCUUGCUAAUUUUGCUAAUCAUUAGUAAAUUCGUGAAAGUUGGUAUUGUGAUUGCUAAAUAUUUCCCAGGAAUGAAAGAAGCAAUUUCCAACUUUUCUGGAUGAGCUGAACAUAAUGCUACGGUUCUAGGAUGGUGAGUAAAAGAAAGUCUUGACAUUAAUACUUAGAUACAAUAUUGUUUCUCAAUACACUUAUUAAAUAUAUUUAGACUACAAUACGCAUUACCUUAAAGACAAUUUAUCAUGUUUUAAAUGCUGGAGGGCUAAUUUUCAGUAGGAGUGUGUAAUUAGCAAAGGCGCCAGAGGCCAUAAGACGGUAGAAUAGAGCUGGGAGAGGCAGGGGAGGAAAGCCGGAUGGAACCCUGCUGUCUUUCUGGGUCAGGGUUAGUCUGUACCGGUUAAACGGUGAAAGAGAAAAGGUCAGCGCAGGAAUUUGGUAUUUCCCUGACAUCUCCAGAUGAAAGUCCGGGCUCUAGGACUUCUGUAGACUGUGAAAGCAGCCCACGAUUCUUCCUUGCAUGCACCUAAGUGGCAGUAGGUUUAGGAUGAAAGUGGCGGGGCGGAGGCCGGCGGUCCUCGCCCGUGCCCUCUGCACCCCUGUCCCGAGGCCGGGAUGGCCGCGCCCACUCUGGGUAAAUUUCAGGAGGGCCUACGCGGGGCUGGAGAACUCCACUGGACUAUGCGAACAGAAUCCUGCGAAGGUCGGCAUUAAAGGAAUACGCAAAAUCAGCGUUGCAGCCCCCGCGGCUUAACCGCAUCUAUUUUUAUAUCUAAGCCAAGGUCACUCUUUAAUACCAGGCCAUCGCCCUGAGCUGGGCGUCGCGCUGCCGGGUGACGGCGGCCGGGGCGGAGAGAGGGGGCGCGGGUGGCGAGGCGGGGCCGCGGGUGGCGAGGCGGGGGCCGCGUGACGCCCCCGGGCUGGCCAAGCCCGCACCUGCCGGGCCGGCGCCUGAAAGCCGGGGCUGGAGGGAGGCAGGGCGGCGUCCCAGGCUCCGAGGAGGCGCCGCUCCGCGCUGGCGGGCGGGGGGAUUCGCGGUGGGCGCGGGCGCGGAGCGGAAGCGAAGGCUGGAGGCGCUGCGGCGCUAGUGCGUCACGUCGUCGGAGGGCACGGUGGGCCGCGGCCGACCCGCGACGAGGAGCCGGGCGUCCGGGGCGAGCGGGAGGCAGCCGCACUCGCCCUGGCAGCCGCGAGCUGUGCGGCCCGGGACCGGCCGGAGGUCGCCAGCGAGCAGCCGCCGGCUCCAUUCAUUCGCGCGGCUCCGCCUCCUUUCCCGGGCUCUUCCAGCGGCUCCCGGUGCGCGUCUGAGCAAGGUCUGGCUCUGUCACCCAGGCUGGAGUGCAGUGGUGCAGUCUAGUCUUGACUCACUGCAGCCUCUACCUCCCUGCAACCUCUGCCUCCCGGACUCAAGCCAUUCUCCCUCAGCCCCCUGAGUAGCUGGGACUACAGAGGAUGGCAUUCCCUGUGGAUAUGCUGGAAAAUUGCAGCCAUGAGGAAUUGGAAAAUUCUGCUGAAGAUUACAUGUCAGAUUUAAGGUGUGGGGACCCUGAAAAUCCAGAGUGUUUUUCUCUUCUCAAUAUUACGAUUCCUAUUAGCCUGUCAAAUGUAGGCUUUGUACCUCUUUAUGGUGGAGAUCAGACCCAGAAAAUUCUUGCUCUCUUUGCACCUGAAGAUUCACUGACAGCUGUGGCACUUUACCUUGCUGAUCAGUGGUGGGCUAUUGAUGAUAUUGUGAAAACAUCUGUUCCUUCAAGAGAGGGGCUUAAGCAGGUGAGCACUCUUGGGGAGAGAGUGGUUCUGUAUGUUCUGAAUCGAAUUAUUUAUAGAAAACAGGAAAUGGAGAGAAAUGAGAUCCCAUUCCUGUGUCAUAGCAGUACUGAUUAUGCUAAGAUUCUGUGGAAGAAAGGAGAGGCCAUUGGGUUUUAUUCAGUUAAGCCUACAGGAAGCAUAUGUGCCUCUUUUCUUACCCAAAGUUACCAAUUGCCAGUUCUUGAUACAAUGUUUCUAAGAAAGAAAUACAGAGGUAAAGAUUUUGGGCUUCACAUGCUGGAGGACUUUGUUGAUUCCUUUACCGAAGAUGCGCUUGGCUUGCGGUAUCCACUGUCUUCUCUCAUGUACACAGCUUGCAAGCAAUACUUUGAGAAGUAUCCAGGAGACCAUGAACUCCUUUGGGAAGUUGAAGGUGUUGGACACUGGUACCAGCGAAUACCAGUCACCAGAGCAUUACAAAGAGAAGCACUUCAAAUUCCAGCAGUUUCUCAAAAUGAACCUAAAAGACCUAUGUCUGGAGAAUAUGGUCCUGCAUCUGUUCCAGAAUACGAAGCAAGAACUGAAGACAAUCAGUCUAGUGAGAUGCAGCUAACUAUUGAUUCUCUAAAAGAUGCCUUUGCAAGCACUUCUGAAGGUCAUGAUAAAACAUCUGUUUCCACUCAUACUCGAAGUGGUAAUCUAAAGCGGCCAAAGAUUGGAAAGCGGUUUCAGGAUUCUGAAUUUAGCAGUUCUCAAGGUGAAGAUGAAAAGACCUCCCAGACUUCACUUACAGCUUCAAUAAACAAAUUGGAGUCUACUGCACGCCCAUCAGAGAGCUCAGAAGAAUUCCUGGAAGAAGAACCUGAACAGAGAGGGAUUGAAUUUGAGGAUGAAAGCAGUGAUAGAGAUGCACGGCCAGCACUGGAAACCCAGCCACAGCAAGAGAAGCAAGAUGGUGAAAAGGAAUCUGAAUUAGAGCCUAUGAAUGGUGAGAUAAUGGACGAUUCUCUUAAGACCUCACUUAUAACAGAAGAGGAAGACUCCACUAGUGAAGUUUUAGAUGAAGAAUUAAAAUUGCAGCCUUUUAAUUCCAGUGAAGACUCUACAAAUCUUGUUCCACUGGUGGUAGAAUCUUCAAAACCCCCUGAGGUAGAUGCACCAGAUAAGACCCCACGUAUACCUGACUCAGAAAUGUUGAUGGAUGAAGGCACAUCUGAUGAAAAGGGGCACAUGGAAGAGAAACUGUCCCUACUUCCAAGAAAGAAAGCACAUCUUGGGAGUUCAGACAAUGUUGCUACUAUGUCAAAUGAAGAACGAUCUGAUGGUGGUUUUCCAAACUCUGUGAUAGCUGAAUUUUCCGAAGAACCGGUCUCUGAGAAUUUGUCUCCUAAUACUACUUCCUCAUUGGAAGACCAGGGUGAGGAGGGGGUAUCUGAGCCCCAGGAAACAUCUACUGCUCUUCCUCAGAGUUCUUUGAUAGAGGUUGAACUUGAAGACGUGCCAUUUUCACAGAAUGCAGGACAGAAGAAUCAGUCAGAGGAGCAGUCUGAAGCAUCUUCCGAGCAACUGGAUCAGUUUACGCAAUUGGCAGAAAAAGCUGUGGAUAGCAGCUCAGAGGAAAUAGAAGUGGAAGUGCCUGUGGUAGACAGGCGGAAUUUAAGAAGAAAGGCCAAAGGGCAUAAAGGACCUGCUAAGAAGAAAGCUAAGCUGACCUGAAGGAAGAAGAAAAGUGGAUGAUAAAUCCUCUUCUUUGUAACAUAGUUGUUGUUUUUAAAAUAUGGUAAUUAAUAAACAGCAUGGGGCACAGGAAAAAAAUUUCCAAAAUUUCAAUUUGAACUUAUUUACUAUGCAGUUUUUUGCUUCCCUUUAGAACGUAGAAUUCACCAUUGUUUUUAAUUUUUCAGGCUAUUUUUGGUAAAUGCAAUUUUUUAUUUUUAUUAACCAUGUUUCAAUUUUGGGAAACCAGAUCAUAUUAUAUUUUCUUUAUCAGGUGGUACAUCUGACCAUUAUUUCAAAAAUAGAAUUAAAAAGCUGUGAAAGUAGUAGGAUUUCCAUUACUUAUAAGGAUCACAGAAAUCUUUUAUACUAAGGGUUUUAAUAGUAAAACUUGGUGAGGGUUCUAGAAGUUUUAAAUUUCAAAACUAAUCACCAAUUUUUUAAAAUGUAGGCAUGCCUAAACAAAAAUAAGUGUCAAUAAAUUAGAAAAAAUAUAACUUCAAGUAAAUGAGAGCACAAAAACAGAAACUUAUGGUCAAAGGUUCAUGAAUAUAUUUUGGUUUUGGCCUCUUAAUCCUAGAUAUAGAUGCAGUUUUUUCCUUUGACUUCACUAUGUAUGGAAAGGUACACAUAAAAUCUGUUUCUAAUUCAUUCUAUCAUCUGAUGUUAACAGUACUGUCAGGGAUUUAACUGUGGCAUGUGGGGACUAAUUAUUUAAAAUUUCAUUUUAAGUAUUAGUUUGCUGUAAUUUUUUUUGUCUGCAUAUGUGCAGAUGCCUAGAAGUUUAGACUUCACUUUCACCUUUAAUCAGGUAAAAAUCACAACUAUACUUUAGAGACAUGGUUUAAUUUGGACUUCUGGUCCUGAUCAGAUAGAUAAAUUAAGCUGGAGAUUUUACUUUUAUCCCAACCCAGUUAACAUCUAUAUUUCAGAAGUAUGAGGCUCCUUCCUAAGGCAUCUCCUUAAAUCUUGCCACCUCCCUAAUUCUACAGUCUUAUUUAUAUUCCCCCACAGCUUUCAUCUACUUCUGUAACUCAUGGAGUGAUUCUCCAAUCAACAGAUCUUCCUGCCUGCCGGCUUAUGCCCUUGAUGUCCAUUUUUGGGUAGGUUUGGAGGUGCACCCCACAAUGUUAGACCUAUAUGGCAGGGGUAAAACUGCCCCCAAUGUUAGACCUAUAUGGCAGGGGUAAACUGCCUUUGGGGGAGCUGUGGUUACAAGGGCUUCAAUCAUAUUUGAGGCUUCAAUCAUCCUUUGAUUUGUACUGAGUACUGGUUGCAAGCUGGCCUGUUAAGUGUAUAUUGUGUUGCCAUAGCAAAGGCCUAGGAAAAUUUGAAGAAAAAAAACACUGAACUGUUAUUUUUUGCAAUUUAUUUAAAAAUGGACAAAAUGGUUAUUAGAAUCCAAAGAUAAUCUAAAAACAGUUCUACUCUUUGGAAAUAUUAUGUGUACUCAAAUUUGCACUUAAGUUGGAGAAUGUUUUGAGACCAUUUAAAUUGUUUUAAAAAUAGCUUGAUCCUUAUGCAAAAGAAACAUUAAGACUUUGUGUCAUUAUUUGAGGUAGCUAAGGACUGAUGUUGAAAGUUUAUUCAGUCUAUAGUAAGCUGAUGUCAGGUCAGUAAAUUUUGUUUGGGGAUGUUGGUAUUUUCGAUCUAAUUAGUUAAGUUAAAGUCUUAAAGCAGACAAAAAUAGUAAAUGCUCCUAUUUGUGUUAGAUUUUGAACAAUUGUAUUACCCUAUAUUUUCUUUAAUUAGUCAAAGGUAAGCCAGAUUAUUUCAUUCUAAAUGAAAAUUAAAGCACUUUGGCCAUUUAUUUUUUCAACAAAUGCUAAUACUAAGUAAAAAAAAAAAGUAUGACUACUAUUAGUGAAUCUACCAAACAUUUAUGCUGUUUUAUACAUUUUAUGAGAAACUUCUGGCAAUAUCACAAAGGGAAAUAUUCUGUUAAGAUUCAGUAAAUUCUUAAUCUUUACAUGUUUCAUUUCUUAGAUUUGAAAACAACACUUGUAGAUAUUUUAUUUUUACUUGGGUUUGUUUAAAAUACUUUCUUUUCAAAUUAUUUUAAACAUGGAAACGCUUCAUUAAUUUGUGUCAUCCUUGCACAGGGGCCAUGCUAAUUUUCCCUGUAUUGUUCUAAUUUUAGUAUAUGUGCUGCCGAAGUGAGCACUAAAAGACUUUCUUUAGACAAAUGUAGUUUUUUAAAGAUUGAGCUCACUGGCUCAACUCUUGAUGUGUGAAUAUAGUUGAGUUUACAAAAAAUGUUUAUUAAUUAUAUAUGACCAUUGGGGGCUAACAGUAUAAACUUAUUCUUGUUAAACUUGUUUGGGUUAAAUAGUAAGUGAAUUGUAAACAAUUUAGAAUUUUUUUGUUCAGCACACAAGAACACUUGUGUUACAGAUUAUCUCUGACAGAAAUUGUUAUUUUGGGGUUUAUAGAUUAUAGAGGGAAAAGUUAGAUCACUUGGAAAAACCUAACUCUCAUGUUCAGUAACUUGAGUAUAGAAUUUAUACCACAAUUUAUCUUCAAUAAGGAACCUACAUGAACUUAAUCAGUUAUCUGUAGUUUUUGCAAGGCAUUAGAAAAAAUUUCACAGAGGACUGAAAAUGUGAUUUCAACCGGCUAGUCUAGUUGUUGAAUGUCCAGUCACAUUACAUAUAGUCCUUUGUGAACUUAUUUGUGAAGGGAGUUCACUUUUUAUGUACAUACGUGUAUAUUUCCUUGUGUAAUAUAAAGCAGAUGGUUAUUAGCAGUAUUUUAGUUCUUUCAAGUUUAAAUUAUUCAAUUGCUAGACGUCACAGAAAUUAGUAUAUUUAAGAAUUUAUUAUAAAGCUCCUCUACUUUUAAAGGUGAGAGGGUCUAUUAUGAUUUUUUAUAAAAUCAAACAGCAUGAUUUAGAAUGUCAGUCUUCUACUUAAAAUGUGUCUAUAUUCAUGGUAUUUCCAUUCAGUGUAGAUGGUAAGGAAAACAUCUAGUCAUUAAAGAUUUACUUAUAGCAGACUCCAGAACACUACCUACAGUGGGGUUUCAGUGACUAGAAAUCUUGAAGGUUUAUGAUUGCAUCAAAUUGAGCCUGUACUAAUACCUAAAUAUCUGCUCUUAUGUUCUGCUUUAUCCCUUGGGAUUACCUUCUAAGGUUUGGUCACACCAGCAAACUGAAACAGAUCUUAAUGUAAAUAAAAAAUUUAUACUAAUAUUACUCAUCUGUGUUACAGUAUUUUGAAAAAUGUUUCAGGUGUCAUCUAGUCUUUCAUGGGUGUGAUUAGUUACAAAUGUUAUGCUUAUGUUUUCAUACUUAAUAUCAAGCUUUCUUUGUACCUUACAAGAUAGUAUUUUUGGUUCCAAAAAAAAACAAGCAAACUUCAUUUUUGUAGUAUCCAGAAAUUACCUGGAGUCAAUAUUUUUAUUCGCCUUCUAGAACUUGUGAUCCACACAUCACCCAUUUAUAUUAGUGGCAAAAUUAUCUGCUAAAAUCUAAUUGUAAGAAAGGCUUACCUUCUGUCAUCAAGUGAUUGUAUCAUCCUGGAUCGUCAUUUCCAAGGAACUAGCCUUUCUUUUCCUAAGCGUCUGUAUGUGUUCUAAAACUUCCAGUAUAUUUAUAGAACUUAGAAAAAAUGUUACAUUAUUCAGAGUAGCAAGUCCUACUGGAGUACCUAUGUUUGUUUUCUUGGGGUUUUUUUUUUUUUUAAGUUUAAAAGUAGUAAUUAAACCUAUAUUUUGUGAUUGUUUCCUGGUCUGUGUUUUUAAAUUCUUUUCCUUCAGUUUUCCUCAUGAAGAUGUUUCAGAUACUGAAUUUGUUUAGACAUUGAAUGACUUUGUUAAAGGCACAAUUAAUCACAUUGGUUGUACUCUGAAGACAGACUUCUUUAAAAAAAAAUAAACAAUUUAAAACAA